AUGACACGAUCGCGGAUCAAGCAUGAAUCGGACGAUUCUAACGACCAGGUCGCACCUCUUGCUACGCCAAUCACAAUGAGGGAUAGCAUCUACACCGUGCCCAACGGCUCAGCGAGCAUCAACCCGAGCUUCGCAGCGAAUGAGCCUGCAAGCUACAGCAGUAACACCAUCGCCAAUGAGGAUGUCGAUAUGCAAGGCGGUCCUUCAAGCUCUGGCACCGAGACGACGGGAAACGCUCUACAAGAGCUUGCUUCUCAUUCACGCAGUUUGAUCCAGCUCAUCCAGGCUCUGACAGCCCUCAACAUUGACGCAACUAUUCCGUCGUGGCCGAAGUUCGUAGUUGUCGGUAAUCAAUCGGCUGGCAAGAGCUCGAUUGUUGAGGCAAUCUGCGACAUUACCGUCCCUCGUGACGAAGGCACCUGCACCCGCUGUCCGUUCCUUAUUACUACGUCAGCAUCCAGCUCGUCAGAGCCCGCGUUCAGCUGCCGUGUCUCCCUCCACCUGACGUACGCGUACUCCCCGAAAGCCGUCGCAGGCAGUAACCCAACAAAGUUCGAUCACUGGGUCAAGCUGCCUAAGCCGGAGGCGAUCGAGUUCGAUACAGUGUACGACAAAGCUCAAGUGGAAACCGUCUUGCGCCGCGCUCAGCUCGCCAUACUGAGCUCUAGGCCCGACCAAGUGGACUCUCGCGGGUCGUCGACAAUCAAAGAUGUUACCCUUCAGUUCUCGCCGAACGUCGUUAGCAUUGAGAUACAUGGGCCAGGCCUGCCAGAGCUCAGCUUCUACGAUCUUCCUGGGGCAAUCAACGUUGUAGACGGGGACGACUCCCUUGUCCCGUUCGUCGAGAGACUCAUCAAGCUUUACCUUACUGACGAGCAAGCGCUAGUCCUGCUAGCCUGCUCUGCAGAUCAAGAUAUCGAGAAUUCCACCGCGUUCAAGUUCGUUAGGCAAUGUGGCGCGGAAGGGCGUUGUAUGGGGGUGCUUACCAAAGCUGAUCUCGCUCCACCCAGCAAGUAUGGCCUUUUUGAGCUUGUUCUUCAGCGUAUCAAGUUCCCCCUCGCUAAAGGCUGGUUUGUAACGAAACAGCUCUCCCAAGACAAGCUCGCAGCUGGAGACGUCACGCAUACGCAUGCGCGUAGGCUAGAGCAAGAAUACUUUGCCCGUGAGCCGUGGAGCACGACGUUCUCGCCUUUCGCAGAUCGUUUGGGUACUCUCAAUCUGCGGACGGCGCUCUCGCAAUACCUGACUACGCAUAUUCUAGACGAGCUGCCAGGCAUUAUCACUCGUGUCGAAGACAGACUUCUGCAGAUUGCGCAGACGCUUUUGCAGUUUCCCGAGGCGCCAGCUUCCGCGACCUACGAGGUGAUCAGUGAAAUGCACCGUCUAAUUGAUACGACCACUCACCACCUCACCGGCGACGGAGGCAGAAAUGACUUUCGCACAGAAUACAAGACACUGCUCAAAGACGCAGCUCGUCGCUUCAGAGAUGCUCGUCCGCGUAUCAUGCUCGGUACUCCGGGCUACAUUAGGCCUUCGAUCCCACUUGACGAAUCCGAUAACGACGUACCAGGUGCUGCAACACCCGCAAAGAUUCGCAAAGGCAACAAUGGUCUACCCGUCCGGACUGUAUCUCAGACACCGACACCGCGCUCGUCGCGUAUCAAGAAGGAGCCAACUAUGGACAUACCCAAGGGCACACUCACACUUGACGAGCUCCGGGAACUCUAUGACCGCGGAUCUGGAUCCGGCAUACCCGAUCAGCUGCAUCCAAAGGUUACCGAACAGGUUGUCCUUAUGAUGAUGGGAAGCUGGGACACAAUUGUCGCUUACCUUGCGCGAGACAUCAAGACACAUGUGCUACGCCUGCUUACGACAACGGUUGUUGACGAGGUGCUGGUAAAGCGGCAGAAGACCCAACUAUAUACGCAAUCGAAGCAAGUAGUGUCCAGGCUGUUCCAGGCGUUGUGGAUAGAGCAGGAAGCUCGUAUCCGCUACGUGCUUCAGUGCGAGACACACAAGCCAGUCACUUAUGCAAGUGAUCAGCUUCGUAAGCUACAAGCAGCAAUCGAAACGAAGCUGCAACACGACCGACUCACGAACUUGAUCGACGAGCAUUACGACAGGUUGGAAGCCGACGGGCAGAAAGUUCCGGUUGGCACAGAUCGUGAAAAAAAGCGCGCAGAGUUACAAUCGAAGCUGGGUGGGCAGGCGGACGAAUACAACCGCGAACUCGGUGCCAUUGCGAGGUUGCUGGCCUACUACGAUCUCGCUUCCGCCCGCAUGCUCGAUACGAUUGCCGUUCACCUCGAGUUCGGCCUGAUCAACAGUCUCCCUGGUCGACUCCGCGACGGUUUGCGCACCGAGCUCCGCAUCACCGAAGAGCAGCAUUGCCUUCAGCUACUGGCUGAAGAUCCGGCGCGCGAGAGAGUCCGCCUCAGCUUGCUUGAAGAGCAGAAGAAGUUGCAAGACGCUCUGGGGAGGCUGAAGGCAGUACUUCCCACAAAGGGCACCGUGGCGUAA